AUGUCGUCGUCCGCCAAGAUCCGCGCUUUCGAGCUCCAGUCCAAGAACAAGGCCGACCUCCUUGCCCAGCUCGUUGAGCUCCGCACUGAGCUCGCCUCGCUCCGCGUCCAGAAGGUCGUCGGUGGCUCGUCGUCGAAGCUCACCAAGAUCAACACUGUCCGCAAGUCGAUCGCCCGCGUUCUUACCGUUGUCAACCAGAAGCAGCGCCAGAACCUCCGCGAGUUCUACAAGAAGUCGAAGUACAUCCCCCAGGACCUCCGUUACAAGAAGACCCGCGCCAUCCGUCGCCGUCUCACCACCAAGGAGGCUUCGGCUAUCACCCUCAAGGCCCACAAGAAGGCCAUCCACUUCCCCCAGCGCAAGUACGCCCUCAAGGCCUAA